AUGAAAUACCGAUGUGACCGGGAAGGACAACGAGAAGGAGCAAAAGUCAAAGGUUCUGUUUCAGCAAAUGUUAUAUUUGGGAUAUCCAUUGGACAUUCAAGCAGAGAUGCCAAGUCCUCUGUAGGCCAGAGAGAGAAAGAAAAUUUUCCUAAAAAUGCUUUCCCUCAGCCUAUUGUAAAAGAAAGUACGCUGGAAAAAUCGAACAAGAAACUGAAAAAGGCAGAUAAACCAGUUCACGCCGGAGCCCUGGGAAGGAAGCGUCUCUGUUGGAUCCGGCCCCUCCGCGGGACUCUGAGGAAAAGCUACCUCCAGGUAGACACCGUCUGUCACCAUGGUAAAGGAGACCCCAACAAGCCACGGGGCAAGAUGUCCUCGUACGCCUUCUUCGUGCAGACCUGCCGGGAAGAGCACAAGAAGAAACACCCAGACUCUUCGGUCAAUUUCGCUGAAUUCUCCAAGAAAUGUUCCGAGAGAUGGAAGACCAUGUCUGCGAAGGAAAAGUCGAAAUUUGAAGAUAUGGCAAAAAGUGACAAAGCUCGCUAUGACAGGGAGAUGAAAAAUUAUGUUCCUCCCAAAGGAGACAAGAAAGGAAAGAAGAAAGACCCCAAUGCUCCUAAAAGGCCUCCAUCUGCAUUCUUCCUGUUUUGUUCUGAACAUCGCUCAAAGACCAAAAGUGAACACCCUGGUUUAUCCAUUGGGGAUGCUGCAAAAAAAUUGGGUGAAAUGUGGUCUGAACAGUCAGCCAAAGAUAAACAACCAUAUGAACAGAAGGCGGCUAAGCUAAAAGAGAAGUAUGGAAAGGAUAUUGCUGCAUAUCGCGCCAAGGGCAAAAGUGAAGCGGGAAAGAAGGGCCCUAGUAGGCCUACAGGUUCAAAGAAGAAGAAUGAACCAGAGGGUGAGGAGGAAGAGGAGGAAGAGGAGGAGGAGGAGGAAGAUGAAGAUGAUGAGGAAGAGGAGGAAGAUGAAGCAUAAAUGGCUAUCCUGUAAUGAUAUGUGUGGAGUGUGCGUGUGUGCUCAGGCAAUUGUUUUGCUAAGAAUGUGAAUUCAAGUGCAGCUCAAUAUUAGCUUCAGUAUAAAAACUGUACAGAUUUUUGUAUUUUGCAUAG